CUCGUCGUCACUUCCUUUCCUUUCCGUCGUUGAGUUGCUUUCUACUGCACCCGCCAGCCACUCAACCAGCCGCUCAUCGCCUCGUAGGUGGUCCGUGAAAUAUUAAUCGCGGGGCUUUCGCUGCUAUCGUCACGAACUCACGGCAGUCCACGUCAGCAUGUCGCUCGCCGUCAGACAGACAUCCGCCGCGGCUUCGCUUUCAGCGAGCCUCUGCCACUCACAAAACGAAAGCGUCGAGCGCGCUUCCGCGAUUCCCGCCGCAUCUAGCGCGGCAUGGCGGCGGCACAGCGGGCUGCGGAUGGUGUCGACGGCGGGGGACGAGCGCGUGGCUGCUGCUAGAAGACCAGCUCGCCGGUCGCGGUCGCACAAGCCGCGCGCAACGGUGUCAACCGCGUCGGAGCAGGCGGCCCCUGCGGCGGCGGCGCUGCGGCCGCUGCGAGUGAUGAUCUCGGGGGCGCCCGCCUCGGGCAAGGGCACGCAGUGCGAGCUGAUCGUUCAGAAGUACGGGCUGACGCACAUCAGUGCGGGCGACCUGCUGCGCGCCGAGGUGGCAGCGGGCACGGAGGGCGGGCGGCAGGCCAAGGCGCACAUGGACGCGGGGAGGCUCGUGCCGGACGAGGUGGUGGUCACGAUAGUGAAGAACCGGUUGGCCCAGCCGGACGCGCAGAGCAAGGGGUGGCUGCUGGACGGGUACCCUCGCAGCCUGUCGCAGGCACACGCGCUGCUGGCGCUCGACAUCACCCCGGACGUCUUCAUCCUGCUCGAUGUGCCCCAAGACAUCUUGGUGGAGCGCGUGGUGGGGCGGCGCCUGGACCCCGCCACCAACCGCAUCUACCACCUCGCCUUCGCGCCACCCGAGACCGACGAGAUCGCGGCGCGCCUCACACAGCGCAGUGACGACACCGAGGAGAAGGUGAAGGCGCGGCUGGAGACGCACAACGCCAACGUGGCGAGUGUGCUGGAUAUCUAUGCUAGCAAGCUCGUGCAGGUGAACGGGCAUCGGUCCAAGGACGAGGUCUUUGGGGAGAUUGACUCGCUUCUUACUCGCCUGCAACAAGGCGAGGUUUCAUUUGACUGAAAUCUCACCAGUUGGAAGCAAACGGUUCUCUUCCGACUGGACCUCUGGUGUGCCACUUCAGCCCGUGGACAGAGGCCCAGGUCCGGAUGGCAAGUACCGUACCUUUCUUGUGUAGAUUAGGUAGAUUUCCUCCAA